AUGAUUCCACUGUCCCGGCUCCUCGGGGCCGUGCUCCUGGUCCUGGCAUGUUGUGGGCUCCUGGUUCUGCUCUCGGCCGGAAAGAUGGAGCAGCCUGCAAGGCGGCUCUUCGACUCUCAGAGCCUAGAAGAAAGUGCACUUGCUGAGGCCAAGAGGGCCGUGGCCUUCCUCCCAGCUGUUCCGAAUCUUGUCAAGCUGGUGACUCUGGCAUGGCACUUGCUGAUCGAAGCUUUGCUCUUCCUAGCCAUCGGGAUUGCGAGUGUACCGCUGUGCGCCUUUCUUUGGGGCGUGGUGCUUUCUUUGCUAGCGGCAGGACGCCGCUGUGGGCAGGAGUCAUACAAUAAAGUAGUUCUGGUUCUGAGUGGACUCUCAGCUCUUGUGGCUGCAGCGUUCGCAUCGCCCUGGGCUGCAGCGAACACGAGCAUGUCUUUGCUGAAGGACUGGAGACAGCUGCACUUGUUGGGCCGACCUGAGCACAUACUUCCCCUGCAUGCCGGGGGCCAGCUUAGCAAAAGCGAGCAGGAGCAGAGGUUUGACUACUAUGUGUCAUCGAUCUUGGUGCUGAUCUUGGCCUCCUAUUUGCUUGGGGAGCUGCUGACGCGCCUUGGGAGGGAGGGCCGCAGGCUAGCCGCCUGGAUGCGGUCCGCACUGCCGCCCAGCUUCACCCCACUGCCAGUCCACGGGCACCAAAACGAAGAUAACGAACGUGGUCAGGGCUUCUGUUGGCACCGCGUUUUCUGGCAUCUGGUCCUGCACAUCUUCUGCGCCACCUUGGCAUUGCGAUCUUCAGCCACAGGUCGCCUGGAUGCCCAUGACGGUCUCUGCUGGGAGGUCUACGAGUUCUGGGUGCUGAUUAUGCUGCUGAUCUACGUUCUCCAAGCCGUUGGCCUUGCGCUCUGCCUUCCCAGCGAUUGUGAGGUGCCCUCACUGGGCUACCCAAUCGUUCAGGCGGUGCUGCCGAUCCUCGGGGAGCCCCUCGAUGUGUUCAAAGACUGGCUCUUCAUUGGGCUGGCGCUGGCCACGCAGUCGUACUUCGGCUACAUUUUGGCAACCUUGGGCGUGCUGGUGCUCUUCAUUUCCGGCGCCUACAUGCAAGCCUUCCAUUCGAAUGACCUUCUGAAGCAGCUGUCGCCGGUGCAAGCCAUCCUGCACCGGAAAGUGAGCUUUCUGGAUGGGCAGACCUCGCCUGCCAAGCUUGCUGUGGCACUUACAGAAGACCUGCCCCAAGCAUUGCUGCAGUCCGUUUUUGUCAUCGUGUAUGGUGGCUCCACGAUGCAGUUUCUCUUCAUCGGGGUCAGCUGCAUAAAAAUCAUCGCCUGCCUUGUUCUUCGAGCAGCCGUGCUCAGGGACGAGCAGCGCCACGCGGAGGCAUGGGAGGCUCAGGCCCGCUUCCUGAAGCUGCUGCUCGCCUUCUUCCAAGGCAUCCUGAGCCAACAGCACUCGUGGGCGUUGGAAGUAAAAACGGACAUGGCAAUCACGCUCACGGAACUGGGCAGGUUUGAGGAGGCGCUGCAGAUGGAACAAGAAGUCCUGGCUGCUCGGACUGAAGCGCUGGGAGCACGCCACCCAGACACGCUCAGCACUCAAGGAAACAUGGCAGUAACUCUCAAGGAAUUGGGCAGGUUCGAGGAAGCGCUGCAGAUGGAACAAGAGGUCCUUGCUGCUCGGACUGAGGCUCUGGGAGCACGCCACCCAGACACGCGCAGCACGCAAGGAAACGUGGCAAUCACUCUCACGGAACUGGGCAGGUUUGAGGAGGCGCUGCAGAUGGAACAAGAGGUCCUGGCUGCUCGGACUGAGGCUCUGGGAGCACGCCACCCGGACACGCUCAGCACGCAAGGAAACAUGGCAGCCACUCUCAAGGAAUUGGGCAGGUUCGAGGAAGCGCUGCAGAUGGUACAAGAGGUCCUUGCUGCUCGGACUGAGGCUCUGGGAGCACGCCACCCAGACACGCUCUCGGCGCAAGGAAACAUGGCAGAUACUCUUAGGAGUUUGGGCAGGUUUGGGGAGGCGCUGCAGAUGGGACAAGAGGUCCUGGCUGCUUGGACUGAGGCUCUGGGAGCACGCCACCCGGACACGCUCUUGGCGCGAGCAAAUAUGGCAGAUACUCUCAGGAGUCUGGGCAGGUUUGAGGAGGCGCUGCAGAUGGGACAAGAGGUCCUGGCUGCUCGGAUUGAUUCUCUUGGAGCACGCCACCCGGACACGCUCUUGGCGCAAGGAAACAUGGCAGAUACUCUUAGGAGUCUGGGCAGGUUUGAGGAGGCGUUGCAGAUGGGACAAGAGGUCCUGGCUGCUCGGAUUGAUUCUCUUGGAGCACGCCACCCGGACACGCUCUUGGCGCAAGGAAACAUGGCAGAUACUCUUAGGAGUCUGGGCAGGUUUGAGGAGGCGCUUCAGAUGGGACAAGAGGUCCUGGCUGCUCGGGCUGAAGCGCUGGGAGCACGCCACCCAGACACGCUCAGCACUCAAGGAAACAUGGCAGUAACUCUCAGGGAAUUGGGCAGGUUCGAGGAAGCGCUGCAGAUGGUACAGGAGGUCCUUGCUGCUCGGACUGAGGCUUUGGGAGCACGCCACCCAGACACGCUCUCGACGCAAGGAAACAUGGCAGAUACUCUUAGGAGUUUGGGCAGGUUUGAGGAGGCGCUGCAGAUAGGACAAGAGGUUCUGGCUGCGCAGACUGAGUUUUUGGGAGCUCGCCACCCGUCCACACUCUUUUCGCAAGGAAACAUGGCAGAGGGCUUGCAUGAAUUAGGCAGGACCGAAGAGGCAAUACGAGUUUGCCAGCAGGUCCUGGAUGCCGAAGUAGACGUGCUGGGCCCGGGUCAUCCCCAGACGCAGCGUAGCCAAAGCCGACUGGCUGAAUUGGCUCAUCUUGUGGAAUGCCGAGAGCGGUCCGAGCCGGCGACACUCCUGAAUCGACAUCGCCGAGCCGGUCCAGCACCAGGAAGCGGUGGCAAGAAGAGCACAGGCCAGUGA